AGAGAACUUUCAUUUGCAGCUCAAAGACAAAGACAUUUACUGAACUUUGAUUAUGACAUCUGUUUUUUUACCUUAUUAUUUUCCAUCCAGCACAUCAUAAAAAAGCCAUAAAGGAAAAAGAACAGAAGUUGGGCAUAAGGCAACAUGGAGAACAAACCCACAAACAGUAAAGAAAGAAUGCCGUUCACCACAGCAGAAACCCAAGAAAAACACAGAGGAGAAUACAAGGACAUUAAAAGAGCAGAAGUCAGACCAGAUCAACACCUAAAACAAGAAAAGACUAGAAAUGAAAAACUAAAGAAUUUAUUUGACGGGCUUGAUCUUAAUCACAGAUAUCAGAGUCUGAGAGCUUCAGAUGUUCUUCAGAUAUCAUCACAUUCAUCACAGUCUCAAGAGUCUUGUGCUGAAGAAGAGCUGGUGAAGAAUUAUCUACAGAAACUACUGAUGAUGAACUACAGAGCAAGACACAUUAAAACUAAAGAGACCAAUGAACAUCAAACACAACAAACAGACAAACAGUCAAAUAAACAAAAGGGUAGUUUUUAUAAAGCUAUGUCUUCAUCUAAUAAAGGAACAAGUAAACCAGACUCUAUUCACCCGAUGGAUGUUCAGAUGGCCGUGUUUCAUUGUGCUGAUAGUUUCCUAAAGCAGAUGAUGGUCACUAAACUCUCUCAGUGUCAGUUUGCUCUUCCUCUGCUUGUUCCUGAUCCAUUCACUCAACACAUUGAGUUUCCUCUCUGGACAUUAAGACAGAUCAACAAGAGCUGGAAGAUCAGAAAAACUGACAAUAAAAAGAAAAAUACUGACAAUGAGAUCAGAAAAACUGACAAUGACAUCAUCAGUAAAGUCCAGUCAGUGUGCACAGCAGAAACUCCGAUGGUGUCGUUCUUCAGGUUUGGUUCUGUGUCUUCAUCUAAAUCUCAGCUGAUGAACAGUCUGAUCAAUGAGAAACACAACACGUUCUUCCACAGAUACUGUCCAGGCAGCAGCAGAACCAGACUACUGAUGGAUGGAGUGGUGGAGAUCGCCUGGUACUGUCCAUCUGGAAAAGUCACUGAUAAAUUUACUGACUGUGUUGCCUUCUGUAAUCUUCAUGGUGAUGCAGGAGACCACGAGACACAGAUGAAGAUCCUCACUGAAAUGUCUUCAGUCAAUGUUGUUCUUCUUUCAGAGCUUGAUGAGAAUGACCAAAACAAGCGAACACUCGAAAAUCUCUACAGUUCCCCAAAGCCACUUAUUUGCCUUUUUUCUGAGGAUGACUCUACUGUCAUUGAGACAGAUAAAGGAAAAUACAAAAUUGGUUUGAAAGACAGAAAUCAUUCAGAUGUAUCUGAAGAACUCAUAAGAGUCAUAAAUGAUUGUCUCUCAUCUUCAGCAUCAGCUUUUUUGUUCAGACUUGAAGACGUGUCCAAACACUCAGAUAUCAGAGUAGAUGAAGAUGAUGAUGAAGACUGCAGGAGAGGAAGAGAAGCAGCACAAGAGAUGAUGAGCUCACUGAAGAAUAAACCUCUGACAGAAAUCAAAGAAUCAUUUCUGCCCUGUCAGGGGAAACUGUGGCAUCUGUGGUGUCAGAAGAACAAAGAACUUCAUCGACCUAAAGGGGAGGAGCUAGAACAAGAAAUAAGCAGAAUACAAAUAGAAAUGAAGAACAUUCGUGAAGAUCAGCACAAAUCCCACAUGAGUGAGUUUACAGAGAUCUUCAUAGAACAAAUGAACUCGCAUAAUGCAAAUAAAAUGUUUUUCCUCAAAUGGUUAAAAAUCCUUCUGGAUGAAUUCACCUCAGUGGAUCUUUCCAACCUACAUCACAAGUAUAAUGAGAAGUGGUCAAAAGUCUUGGAACUAAAAGAAAGUCAUGAUAAAUCUGUACAACUCAAAACUGAACAAACCGAACAACUCAAAGAUGCACAAACAGAACUUGAGAGAACAUCUGAAGAACUUCAAUCAGCAACCUUUGGCCUGGAGCACAUCAUGAGAGAGAUCGGUCAGAUCUAUGAAUCAUGUUCAUCUGUGAAGAAGAACAAAACAGAUCUUCAGUUUGACUUCUCUUCUCUCCCGAGUUUUGCAGCAGAGAUGAUGAUCUCUGGAUUUCCACUGGAGCUGAUGGAUGGAGAUGCUGCUCAUGUUCCUCUGAUCUGGAUCUCUGCAGUUCUAGAUAAACUCAACCAGAAACUGGGAGAUCAGAGAGUGUUUGUUCUGUCAUUUUUAGGGAUUCAGAGCUCUGGGAAAUCCACCAUGUUGAAUGCCAUGUUUGGACUUGAGUUUGCAGUCAGUGCCGGCCGCUGCACCAGAGGAGCGUUCAUGCAGCUGAUCAGAGUGUCUGAGGACAUGAAACAUCAGAUGAAGUUUGAUUAUAUUCUGGUUGUUGAUACUGAAGGUCUUCGGGCUCUACAACUGUCUGGAAAAUCCACAAGACAUCAUGACAAUGAACUGGCCACAUUUGUUGUUGGUCUUGGACAUCUGACAUUGAUCAACAUCUUUGGAGAAAACCCGUCUGAGAUGCAGGAAAUUCUUCAGAUUGUUGUUCAGGCCUUUCUGAGGAUGAAGAAGGUCAAACUGAACCCCAGUUGUAUGUUUGUACAUCAGAAUGUUUCAGACGUCACAGCUGGAGAGAAAAACAUGGAUGGAAAGAGACGACUACUGGACACACUGGAUGAGAUGACAAAACUUGCAGCUAAAGAUGAAGUCUGUGAUGCAGAUCGUUUCAGUGAUGUCAUUGCAUUUGAUGUACAGAACGAUGUGAAGUAUUUUGCUCAGCUGUGGGAGGGAAGUCCACCCAUGGCACCACCAAACCCAAACUACUGUGAGAAUAUUCAAGAACUAAAGAAAACUAUUAUGUCACAAGCCUCAAAAUCAGCUGGUAUGAUGCUGAUACACUUAAAAGAGCGUAUAAAAGAUCUCUGGGAGGCUUUACUGAAUGAACGAUUUGUGUUCAGCUUCAGAAAUGCUGUGGAGAUUUCAGCAUACAGGAGACUGGAGACAGAAUACAGCAAGUGGACGUGGACUCUUCUCAGUGCCAUGCUGGAAAUAGAGAACAAACUACACAAUCAAAUAGAAAAUGAAGCAAUUCAUGAGGUUAAUCAAAGAGAUCUUAAGAGAAAACUGAAGCCAAAAAGUGAUGAAGUGAAUGAAUCAAUGUCAGAAUUCUUUGAGAAAGACACAGAUGCAGAUAUACUGAUUCAGUGGAAAGUGUCAUUUGAAAUUAAAAUAAAAGACAUUUAUGAAAACAUUAUUAGAGAAACACGAAUUAAUCUAAGUGAGAUUCUUCGGCAACGAGACCUGAAGAAACAGAUUGAUGCUCAGAAAACACAUCAUGAAAACACUCUCUUAGAAAAGAGCAAAGGACUUGCAUUAAAACACAAAGACAAAACAAAUGAUGAAAAAACUCUGAAGAGAGAGUUUGAUGUGUUUUGGGAAGAGUGUGUGAAGAAGAUUACAACUGAUUCUGCUCCAAUCAAAGACAUCGACAUACUGAGAGAUGUGAAAGAACUCCUCAGUGACAUCCAUGAAAGUGUCCAUGUAGACACCUGGAAGGACAUCAGUGAUAUUUUCACUGUGGCGAGAUAUUCAGGUUAUGUACAGUUCAAGAGAUCCAGUGGAGUUACAGGACCUAUUAAAAAGGCCUACAACGCAGCUAUAGAGAAGCUUGGUUCUGUUCUAUCUGAGGAGGACGAAACCCAAAUAAAAAUCUUGAUCACAGACGUUGUUCAGCAGACAGACAAGAUGAUCACGUCAUAUAAUAUUUCAAGGAUGGGCUACAACAAAAACUGCAUUCAACAACUCACAGAUUACAUCAAAGCAAGAAUAACAAAAUAUCAGGAAGGAGCAGUGAAAUAUGUGUUCAAGAAUGAAUUCUUCAUAGAUUUGGUAUUUUCUAUAUUUAAGAGAGCAAACAAGACAUUCACUGAUCAACACAGAAUCUUCAAAAAAGCCAAUGAUCCCGAUCUCUAUUUGAAGAAGAAGAAAGACGAGUACUACAGUAUUUUCCAGAAAUACUGUCAAGGAGCAACAUCAGCUGCUAUUUUUGGUGAGAUCAUCUGUCAGAAACUGAAAGAACCCAUUGAACAGAGUGUCUACAGACAGACCGCCAGAGAUUUAGCAGAUGAGAUGAGAUCAAACUGUCCAUCAAUGAAUGGAAACAGAUCAAAUCUGGAGAAACACAUCCUGAAGAGACUGGCAGAAGAGGAGAACUUUACAAAAUACAUCAAGUACAUUCAUUAUCCCUUAGAUUACUUCAAGAGUUUCAUCAGAGAUGAAGUGAGUCAGUACAUUAGAGAUUAUUUUAUUGUCAGUGUUUAGCUCAAGAUGAUUCAGAACAUUGAACUCCUGCAGAAGAAGAUCAUGACAGCAGCAUAUGAAUCUACUCAACAUGUUCAAGAGAACAGAGGAAAUGUUGAUUUGUGGUUGAAGUUUUUCACACAGAAGCUCUCAGGUGUUCUGAUGUUCUCUGUGAAGGACUUCAGUGGAGUCAACCAUGAUGACGUUGAUGAUUUCAAACUUCUAGAAGACGUGAUAAGAAAAGAACUUCCUCCUGUAAUGUCUGACAUCAGCAGAGAGUUCAGCACAGAUUCAUUUGAUAAAAAACUAGAUGUGAACAGCAGAUCAGAUGAGAUUCUGAUUAAUCACUUGUGUAAUAGCUUGUGCUGUUGGGUUCAGUGUCCGUUCUGUGCAGCCAUCUGCACCAACACAGUACCAACCCAUACUGGAGAUCACAGUGUUCCUUUCCAUCGUGUAACUGGCCUGACGGGCUUCUCUUACAGAGGAACAACAAACUUAAGUAUCAGUAUCUGUACAUCAGCAGUAGCAAGCGAUCGCUGUUUUUAUCCAAAUGCCUCAGAUAACACAGUCCCCUGGAGAGACUACAGAACAGCAGGAGACGUUUAUAAAAAAUGGAGCAUCACCCCUGAUCUCACUGAUCUGCCCUACUGGAAAUGGUUUGUGUGCAGAUUCCAGAAAGACCUGGAAAGACAUUAUAAUCGAACAUUCCAAGGCACUGGUAAGAUUCCAGAUGGAUGGAGAAAAAUCACAAAACAGGAAGCCAUUGAGAGUUUGGACAAAUACAUCUAACGAAAUGAGGUCAGGUUUUUAAUUCACAAAACACAGUCUGAAAAGACUAAAUGCACACAUUUAACAAAUAAUCGUUUAAAAUAGUUCAUCGGACGUAACAUCUGCAUGCGCAUUUGAAGUGUGCACACUACAAGUCUGCAGAUCUACAACUGUUGCACAUUGUGUGACGGGCUUUAGGACACAACAUCAUUUAUGCUCAUGUACUGGAAUGUUUCCAAAUUCAGUUUUCCAAGCCACUUACAAUGAAAGUACACCGAACCUGAAUAAAUGAAUACUGAAAUACUCUUUAUAAAACGGUCAGUUCUGGUCCUUGAUUCUGAUUGGCUGAGCGGAGUUCUAAGCCGUUAUAAAAUACCCCAAUAUAUAACGGCUGACCGCACCACAUAGCCUAAAUAUGAUUGUAUUUACUUUAUUUUAUGAAACCUUGCUAAGCAUAUGGAAUAUCCGUUUUAUAAAAGCAAUAAGCCCCGCGAAGCAGUGGGUUACAGUGCAUUUUAUAACAGUUAUGGGGUUUUAGGCACUCCGCUUCGCGCCACAACGCCCUUAGCUGUUAUAAAAUGCACUGUAACCCACUGCUUCUUGGGGCUUAUUGCUUUAUUAUACUCUUUAUAAUAUAGUAUAGCCACAAGGUUGAAGUACUGUGCUUGUGUGACAGAAUUAAUUGUACUGUUAUAAAUACUAACUUUACAAACUUAAAGGGGUAGUUCAUCCAAAAAUGAAAAUUCUGUCAUCAUUUACUCACCCUCAAGUCGUUUCAAACCUGAAAAAUGUCUUUGUUCUGUUGAACACAAAAAAAAGAUAUUUGGAGGAAUGUUAGCAAUUUUCAGUUCUGGGACAACAUUGACUACCAUAGUAGAGCAAAAAUGUUGUAUAUUAUUUCUGUUCUGUUCAAGACAAAAUUAAAUAUUUGAAAGAAUUUAUGAAACCAAACAGUUCUGCGGCACCUUAGAAUACUAUUUAAAUUUUUCUCUAUUGUAGUCAAGAGUAUUGUAUGUCCCAGAACUUAAAAUUGUAACAUUCUUCCAAAUAUCUUAAUCUGUUUUCAUCAGAACAAUAACAUUUAUACAGAUUUGGAGCAACUUUGGGGCGAGUAAAUUAUUUUUACCUGAAUUUUCAUUUUUGGGUGAACUAACAUUUUAACAUUUUGUUUUCGUGAUGAAGACUGUAAACUUCUGCAUAAAGUCUGAUGGAUUUUGCUAAAGGCUUCAUGUAAAAACACAUGUUGCUAAAAAAAAACAUGGUAUGAUCAGCAUAUAUCUUUUCUAAACAAAACAUUUAACUUUUUCUUGAUGUUAUACCAAUUAGACAAUGUUUAGAUCUUUUAAGCAGGUGCAGUAAAAUUCUCAAGGUGAUAGUAUGCCCUUUUUACUUAUGAUAUGCAUACAGUAUGGGAAAUAGACUAUCAAUCUUUUUCUUUAUUCUUUCUCUCACUUGCUUCAUUUGUGCUUCAUUUGAUAAAUGCAUUAAAACUAUUACUUCUUUCAUCAUAACAACUGUUUCUUGGUCAUUUUUUUUCUGCAUCAAAUAACUUUUACUCUGAUACACAGUUGGUCAUCUGUCUCACACAAAAUACAACCUCAAUACUCACGGUACACUAUCUGUAAGACUAUAUUUUAAGUCAAAUAUUCUGACAUCUGAUUUUUUUCUGUUUACUUAGAACAAACGUGAUUGUUAACAUGAAGACUCACCAAGAUAGGCAUUUUGAUCCCAAACAAUUAAACGCAACCUAACCAAUUAACUGUGACCCUAUUAUUUUACCAUUUUUUGUAUAUUGUCCAUUUUUUGUAUAUUAUUUUACCAUUUUUUGUAUAACCAGCACAUACCUAAACAGCAUGUGCUGGUUAGGUGUGUUGAAGCCAUAGUUGCCAAGUCCGCUUAAAAUCUGCGACUUUGGGCUUGUUUUUUUGUCAAAUCGCGUAAAAAAAUCAUGAGUCACGUGUUGCGUUUUUUUUGGGCUUAUUUAAAAAUUAUUUGUUGCUUGUUAGGAAAAUCUGACAAGCAACUUCGUUUCUUUACAUUUAUGGUCACAGUUUUACUCUUGAUUGACACUGUCAGAUUACAGCUAAUAGCCAAUCAGUGCAGUAAUAUAAAUUCUGUAGCGUAAUUCGUCAAAACAUUGACGAACAUCCCCCUCUUCCCAUGAUUGGAGAAAAUUCAACGUGCACUGCAGCCAGGCACGUGACGUUGUAAUCCAAGCGAUUACAGUUAGAUGGACAUAAGUAAGACAUGUACAUUUUAGCAAACAAUGCCACGAACAAAGUGGUCCAAGUAUGGAAAAAAAUACAACAAAGACUGGGAAAAGGAUACACAAUUUAGAGACUGGAUAUGUCAAGUGAUCGGUGAUCAAAGCAAAGCGAUGUGCAGGUACUGUAAAACGGAGAUUCGUGCUCACCAUGGAGACCUCCUACAACAUGCAAACACAGACAAACAUAAGAGGAAUGCCAAACCAUUUUCCUCAACACGUCUAACAGAUAUCGGGUUUACAGUGUCAAAACCUUCUACUACAAAUCAAAAGGCUGAGCUUCAGCUAGCAGUGCGUUUACACUUGGCAUUAACAUGCGAUCUCGGUGAUCCAAACAAGCAGAUCGGAUCUUCAGACAAUCAGGACACAGCGCGUUUACACUUGUCAACAAGCGGCUUCCACGUCUGGAUAAUGUGAUCGGAUCUCUAUAGUUUCCCGCCCAUUAUUUUAAUAAGCCUGCAAUUUAAAAAUAGCCCCGGUGCGGGGAGAUUUCACACAGCACGUAUAACGGGGAGGAUGAGCAUGUUACACAUUUGAUACGCAGCCAUGUUGAACUCGAGGCAGCGGUGGGAACUAAACCAUGGUUAAAGCGAUUAAUGAUCUUAUAUGUGAAAGUAUAAGCAGAGGACGUUUGUAAAAUGACAAACAACAGCUUUUGUACUUGAGCUGUGGCGGGUUUCACUCGCGCGCGCACACGCACACACACACACAGACUCUAAGUGUGUUUUUAAUCACAUCAUUUGAUUAUUCAUGUCACGGACACAUAAAAUAAUCACAUAAGUAGGCCGAAGUUCCUAUGAUCAAAAGCGAGCACUUACAUCGUUCUCGUCUAUUUGGGUUGGUUCGGCUGAAAGUGACAGCGCGUCGUUUCUUUGGUCUGCGCCCUAAAUAGCGUGCUUACUGACAUCAGCUACAAGCAACACUAUACAAUCUUGUUUCUGUGUGUAAAUGAUAUACGGUGUAUUCAGAGCUCCGUUUCAAGAUGCCCGUCUGCCGCUUAAUCUGUUUUACGGGGACGGUACUUUCGAGUCAGAUCCGUGGGCGUGGCUUGUUGGUUUUGACUAAAUCUUUGGUGUUUCAAGUCUUACGAAACCUUUACCCUAACCCACACCCUAACCCUAACCUUACUCUAACCAUCUAAACUACCUUGUUAAAAUUGAUGAAAAAACACGUUUGGGUGAUGACGUCAGACUCGAAACAUCAAAGAUUUAGUGAGAGCCGUACGAGACACAAGCGGCAGAAGCCCUCGGGGAACCGGAGAGUUGAUUACGCCGUAUAGCCCAGCCAACAUGUAUAUGUGGGCCCCAUAUGGUUUAUAGUGGGGCUACAUAGGUAUCAAGUGGGCAUGGUCCCAAUAUGGGCAUCUUAUAUGGGGCCCGCUCGGUUAACCUAAAUAGGUCACACAUGGGCUAACAAAAAUGGGCUCCCUAUAUAGGUCCCAUAUGGGUCAUUUAUGGGAAAUAAGUGUAUGGGUGCCAAAUGAAGUCCACAUGUAGGGCCCUCGUGGACAACCCAUAUUGAUCUCACAUGGGCAAACACAAUCAGUCCCAUAUAGGCUGCCCACAUGGGCCCAAGGUAGGACUUACAUGGUUGAUCUGUAUAUGGGUUCUGAAUGGGUAAACACAUAUGGGUUCCUCAUGGCCAACCCAUAUGAGUCACACAUGAGCUAACACAAUCAGUCCCAUAUAGGCUGCCCACAUAGGCCGCCCACAUAGGCCCAAGGUAGGACUCACAUGGUUGAUCUGUAUAUGGGUUCUGAAUGGGAGAACACAUAUUGAACCCUCAGGGCCAACCCAUAUGGAUCUCACAUGGGCAAACACAAUCAGUCCCAAAUAGGCUAAUCACAUGGGCCCAAGUUAGGACACACAUAGGUGAUGUCUAUAUGGGUUCUGAUUGGGAAAACACAUAUUGGACCCUAAUGGCCAACCCAUAUGGGUCGCACAUGAGCAAACACAAUCAGUCCCAUAUAGGCUGCCCACAUAGGCCGCCCACAUAGGCCCAAGGUAGGACUCACAUGGUUGAUCUGUAUAUGGGUUCUGAAUGGGAGAACACAUAUUGAACCCUCAGGGCCAACCCAUAUGGAUCUCACAUGGGCAAACACAAUCAGUCCCAAAUAGGCUAAUCACAUGGGCCCAAGUUAGGACACACAUAGGUGAUGUCUAUAUGGGUUCUGAUUGGGAAAACACAUAUUGGACCCUAAUGGCCAACCCAUAUGGAUCGCACAUGAGCAAACACAAUCAGUCCCAUAUAGGCUGCCCACAUAGGCCGCCCACAUAGGCCCAAGGUAGGACUCACAUGGUUGAUCUGUAUAUGGGUUCUGAAUGGGAGAACACAUAUUGAACCCUCAGGGCCAACCCAUAUGGAUCUCACAUGGGCAAACACAAUCAGUCCCAAAUAGGCUAAUCACAUGGGCCCAAGUUAGGACACACAUAAGUGAUCUCUAAAUGGGUUCUAAGUCAGAAAACACACAUUGGGCCCUCAUGGACAACCCAUAUGGGUCUCACAUGAGCAAACACAAUCAGUCCCAUAUAGGCUUCAGUUCGCUGAUAGAUGAUGAUUUCCUCAGUAAACUGGCAGCAGAAGCCGAGAGGACAGAUGAGGUGAGAAACAACCUGUAGGGAACACCUCACAAAACUGUUAGAUAUUAUAAAUGUGUUGACCUUUGUGGACUGCACAUCACAGUUAAUAAACUUAAAACACACGAUUUCUUCUGAUAAAUGUUAUGUAUCUAAUGUAGAAUGUGAUUUAGUGUGAAUUGUUUGUU